CUUGCGGGGAGCACAUGAAGGCAGCAUGAGCCUGCCCCUAUGAGCAGCAGUCGGUUGCAUGUUUACUUGCUUUGUCAGCGGUGUCCCUGCAGUAGAUAUCUCAUGUACCUCACCUGCUGCUGAUCAGAACCUUGGACUUUUGUCUCAGAGAGUGACUUAUCACAUCGUCAGGACUCCUUAUCAGCAGUUUACUCUCUCGCAGCAUUUUCUUGGCCAGCCUCUUGCGGACCUUGAGCGGGGGCACGUCGGGUUCACGGUUUUUUUUAUAUGGACAACAAGAUGACGUUAAAAUCCAAUAAAAACGAACCCGCUGUCAUACUGGAGCCUGUUAACAGUGUCCGGACAGCCCUCUCCGACCUGUACCUGGAGCAGCUCCUUCAAAACAAACCAAAGUCUGACAAGGCUGCUAUGCAAACAUACGAGAAUAAAGGGGCUGAGUUUUACACCAAUGGUAGUGCUGGACACAUGAACGGCAGAGAGCUGACCAAGAUGAAAGAAGUAGCAUUUGAAAAAAAUCCCUCAGAGCCAAUGGGGGUCACUCUGAAACUGAACGACAAACAAAGGUGCACUGUGGCCAGAAUAUUGCACGGGGGAAUGAUCCACAGACAAGGGUCCUUACAUGAAGGGGAUGAAAUAGCAGAAAUCAACGGAAGAAGUGUGACAAACCAAUCUGUUGAUCAGCUACAGAAAAUUCUGAAAGAAACCAAUGGAGUAGUCACGAUGAAGAUCAUUCCCAACAUGCAGAGUCGAUCCCGAGCCUGUGAGAUGUACAUGAGGGCCCAGUUUGAAUACGACCCCACCAAGGAUGACCUCAUCCCAUGCAAAGAGGCGGGUCUGAAGUUUCAAACCGGUGACAUCAUUCAGAUCAUCAACAAGCAGGAUCCUAACUGGUGGCAGGGCAGAGUGGAGAGCAGUGCUGCUGACUUCGCUGGACUGAUACCCUCCCCAGAGCUCCAAGAAUGGAGGGUGGCAAGUAAAAGCAAGGCCAGAGAGGGCAGUCAGUCCUGCAGCCCGUUCGGAAAGAAAAAGAAGUGCAAAGACAAGUACCUGGCUAAACACAGCUCGAUUUUUGACCAGCUGGACGUGAUUUCCUAUGAGGAGGUUGUCAAGCUCCCUGCUUUUAAAAGGAAAACCCUGGUGCUUAUUGGUGCACCUGGUGUAGGAAGGAGCCAUAUCAAAAAUGCACUAUUGACCAGAUACCCUGAGAAAUUUUGCUACCCUGCACCGCACACCACCAGACCCCAGCGUAAGGAUGAGGAGAAUGGACAGGAGUAUUAUUUCAUCUCCAACGAAGCCAUGACCAAGUGCAUCUCUGGGAAUGAACUCCUGGAGUACGGCAGCUUCCAGGGAUAUAUGUUUGGUACCAAAAUUGAGACCAUCCAGAAGAUCCAUGAGCAGGGCAAAAUCGCUUUGCUGGAUGUUGAACCACAGACCUUGAAAGUCUUGCGGACUGCUGAUUUUGCACCUCUCGUGGUGUUCAUCGCUCCCACCAACACAGCUCCCCAGACGGAGAACCUGCAGAUGAUCCAGAAAGAGUCCGACGCCAUUCUGACCACAUACAGACACUUCUUCGAUGUGGUUCUUGUCAACAAUGACGUGGACGAAAGUGUGAAAGGUGUGGAAGAGGCCAUGGAGUGUGCCACCUCCACCCCACAGUGGGUGCCUGUAUCAUGGGUGUACUGACUCACCAAUGUAAUACCUUUUGUUUGUUGAAAAGCAGUGCAAUAUCACUCCUUACACAAAACCUCUGAGUUAGUGAUGUCCCAGGUGUGUAUGGGUUUACUUUUGCUUAAUGUUAAUUGUCACUGAGAUUUUUUUGCACAUGUGCAUCCAAAAAAAAAGCAAUAUAUUGCACAAUUAUUAGGCAAAUUGUAUUCCUCAGGAUUAAUGUGUGUUGUUGAACAAAUACAAUGCUCGCAGUCAAUCCAGAAUGUUGUUGAACCUCAAACCUGAAUGUUUAACAAAGGAUAAAUGAGUUUUGUCUUUCUCUGGGGAAUAUAUAAAUGUGCACAAUUAUUAGGCAACUAUUAGUGUGCAGAAUUAUUAGGCAACUAAAUUACAAAUGCCUUGAGGCCUUUGCUGGCUAGCCAAGCAGUGGAGUACUCAGAUGCAUGUGAUGGAGCAUUUUUGAAUGCUGAGGACUUCUUCCUGCUUAUCUUCCAGAAACUGGCAGCAGGUUUGGGGGUUGAUUUCAGUUUAUCUUCAACCUGAAAAGGUCCAACUAGCUCAUCCUUAAUGAUAGCAGCCCAUACCAGUACCCCUCCUCCACCUUGUUGGCGCCUGACUUGAAUUGGUGCCCUGUGUCCAUUAGUGAUCCGGCCUCAGGCCAAUCCAUCUAGUCCAUCAAGAGUCGCUUUCAUUUCAUCUGUCCAUAAAACCUUUAAAAAAUCUGUCUUCAGGUAUUUCUUGGCCCAAUCUUGAUGCUUCAAUUUGUGAAUCUUAUUCAGUGGUGGUCGUGUUUCAGUCUUCUUUACCUUGGCCAUGUGUCUGAGCACUUGACAUCUUGUACUUCUGGACACGGCAGGGGAGUUCCUGGUAGCUUCACGUUUAAUCUUCUCAAGUCUUUUGCAGUUAAUUUGUGCCUUUUAUUCUCCAUGCGUUUUUUGCGACCCUGUUGACUAUUCACAACCAAACAUUUGAUUGUCUGUUGGUCACACCUCAAUAGUUUAGCCAUUUCAAGAGUGCUGCAUCUGUCUGAAGUUAAAUGUCUUUUUGGCCCAUUUUACCUGAGGUAAUGAAGCUGCCUAAUAAUUAUGCACACCUUAAUAUAAGGUGUUAAUCACUUUAGGCCACACCCUCCCGCAUUGUACAAAUACUGUACAUAUCACCUGAACAUUAUUAAAUCCAAUAAGCAUUCAGGUUUAUAUGGUUUAGAGUCGGAAAAUGCAUAGAAAUAAUGAUAAAGUCAGAAUACUGACUUGCCUAAUAAUUGUGCACACAGUGUAGAGAGGUAUAUAUAGAAAGUUGAGAACCUCACUAGGGUUGUUUUAUUUGGUUGUUUAGAAAUUUGUGUGCUUCAGGCUUUUGAGGGGCUACGGGAUAGUUUUGGUGCCACACACUUGUGUGAUCGUUGGAACGUGAGCAAAUGCAAAAUAGGACCACAACUGUGAAUGAAAUCCUCACUUUUAAAUCACAGGAUUUUACCAUGUCUAACAUUGACUCUGGAUUCAUUGUAAUUUUCUUUUUCCUGUUCUCAUUAGAUUGUGCCAUGAAAUUGAGAUUCUGAAACUGUUUGUUCGUACAGUAUGUGUAACUCCAUACAGUAAUGUCCUCGACACAUAACCUUUCAGUCAGUCAUUGACAACCUCACUUGUCACAUUUCAUCAAAAUUGUAUACCUCAUGGGGUACUGUAAAGGCACUUUUAAACAGACAAUAAAUUUCCCAGCUCUGUUGCAACUA